AUGAUUUCGUUAUCGAACUUCAUCCAAUUCAGAAAUGAUCGCACAUACUCCUGCGGUGGCGGCGUUUCCAUUUAUAUUAAAGAAGAAAUUUACUGUAGGAGGCUAGAGCAUUUCGAGGAUUCAGCCAUUGAAUCCCUAUGGUUACUACUUAGACCUAAGCGUUUACCAAGAUCUAUAUCCGCUCUUCUACUUGCAGUCAUUUACCACACCACCUCCUCCGGCGCCAACGAGAACUUUGAACUGUACAACCAUAUCCAGCGUAAUGUUGAAUCCUUCCUUUCUCUGCAUCCUGAUGGUCUCGUGUUUGUGACUGGGGAUUUUAACCCUGUCAGUACAUUAUUUGAUGAAAAACGGUUGAAAAGAUUGUCCGGUUUAACUCAAAUUAUUAAUGUCCCAACACGUCACAACGCCAUAUUGGAUUGGUGUCUCACUAAUGCCAAGAAAGUCGUUUUUGAUGUAAGCCAGCUUCCUCCUAUUGGCUCGAGCGACCAUAAUGCCAUUUUAAUAAAACCCCAUAAAGAUCGUCUGGAUAAUUCGUGUAAUAAACGAGUAUGCAAAAGAGAUUUAAGAGAUAGCAGUAUAAGACAUUUUGGUCAGACUAUUACAUCUACCGAUUGGACGGAGAUAUUCGAAAUACCUGAUCCUAACAUGAAGUACCGGAGAUUUAAUGAGGUAGUUUCUGCAAUGAUGGAUUGUUUUUUCCCCAAUAAACCAACUAGUGUUAGGGAAUCUGAUAAACCAUGGAUGACGUCAUCGCUUAAGUCCUCCAUUAGUAAGCGACAAAAAUCACUUCAUAAGUACGGAAGAAAUUCACAAGCAUAUAGAUUUUGGCGCAAUACAGUUCAACGGGAUGUUAAAGUGGCACGUAGAAAGUACUAUGCCAAUUCCGUGCAGAAGUUGAAAAGUGCAAACCCUUCCAGAUGGUGGAAAGAGGUUAAAUCCAUAGGGGGCCUCUCUUCUCGGGAAUCUUGGGUACAUCAACUACUUUCUGAAGUAAACCCCACCUGUGAGGACCUUGCUGAGUCAUAUAACGGAUAUCUUGUUGGACUUACUUCGCAUUUUAAACCCUUGUUAGAAUGCACCGAUGACCAGGAGACAGAAGUUCCCAACCAUCUACUCGUAAAUAUAGGGCAAGUUUAUUCAGUGUUGCGACGUCUUAAAACGACGAAGUCUCCUGGCCCAGACGGUAUCCCAAAUAGGAUCCUGAAAACCUUCGCUUUUGAAUUUGCCCCUAUCAUAAUGGACAUAUACAAUACAUCAGUGCUCCAGGGAGUCUUCCCUGAUCAGCUAAAACGUUCUAUCGUCGUUCCCAUUCCAAAAGUGUCACCACCUCAGACUAUUGAGGACGAUUUAAGACCUAUAUCACUCACAGCUCAGGUAUCUAAAGUGAUGGAAGGAUUUAUGCUACAGUCCCUCAUGUCGGAAGUGGGUCUUAAAUUGGACCCAAAGCAAUUUGCUCUUCCGGGAAAGUCAACCACUCAGGCACUCGUUUAUCUCCUACACUUGAUUCAUGCUGCUUUAGAUCAAGGCCACUGCUCUGUAAGAAUCUUUUUUGCUGAUUUCAAAAAAGGUUUUGAUCUCGUCGACCAUAAUGUCAUUAUUGAUGAACUUUUAAAAUUACAAGUGAGUCCUGCCAUUAUAAGAUGGAUAAAGUCGUUCCUUACCUCCCGCGAACAGUGUGUUAAAAUCGGACCAUCCUUUUCCUCAUGGAAACCCGUUAACGGUGGCCUACCUCAAGGAACUAAACUUGGCCCUCUUCUCUUUGCCAUUUUAGUCAAUUCCCUCCUACAGGACUGGAAUGGGCGGAUAAAGUUUGUAGACGAUGCUACUGCACUAGAAAUUGUUCCACGUUGCUCUCCUAGCUUGCUACCUAUUCUCGUAAAUGAUGUAUCUCAGUAUGCCUCAAGUAGAGGAAUGAAGCUUAACAGUAAGAAAUGUAAGGAGAUGACAAUAUCCUUCCUCCAAUACCACCUUCCACUUGAUAAUGCGAUCUAUAUAGAUGGUUCGCCGGUGCAAUCAGUAUCCUCCUUUAAACUGCUCGGUGUGCUACUGAGAGAGGAUCUAUCUUGGUGUGAUCAUGUCGACUAUGUGAUUAAAAAAGCAAAUUCUAGACUCUAUGCAUUGCGGAAGUUAAAAAAGGCUGGGUUAAGCGAUAAAGACCUUGUCACUAUAUAUUCCUCCUUCAUUCGGUCCCGAAUUGAGUACGCUUCACCUGCGUGGUCAACGCUGACCCAAGGCCAGUCUGACCUUAUCGAAUCGAUACAGAGAAGAGCAUUACGUAUCUUGCUUCCCGAAAUGUCGUAUCAAGACGCAUUGAAUUAUACUGGUCUAAAAAAGUUAAGUACGCGUAGACAUAAUUCCUGUGAACAAUUUAUUCGGAAAUUGAAGCUUGACAAUGGUCCUAUAAAUCCUCUUAAGGAUGUUGUUGCAACUCGUAUACAUCCAAAUACUCAUAAUUAUAAUCUUAGGUCCGAAUCAAGCUGGUCACUCCAAACGAACACAGAACGGUUUCAAAAUUUUAUAACUGUCAAAUAUAAUUAUUAA